AUCGUUGAUCAUAGUCGUUGAUAGUUGUGGUUACUUCCGAUUCUAUUUAGUAUUUCGAACUUCUGAAGGGUUUGUACCCGAUUGUCCAGCGUUUAGCCGAACGGCUGAACUGCUAGUUGAUGGUGGAAUCCUGGCACAGGUUUUAGAAAUGCAAUAUUUGGUUGGUAAAACAAAUGUGAAGAAUAAAGAAAAUGAAACUGCAGGCACAGAUUCCAGAAAAGAUAUCAGGGAGGUACCUAAUCAAUCAGGGUUUCAGUUGCCUGGUCUGAUUCAACUGAAUGGAAUUGCCCUACCCCAGAUUCCAAAUUUAGGUGUUUUUCCUACUAUGGACACGGAAUUUCUUAGAGCACGUUCUUUUAUGUUAGAAAAAAUAUAUAACAUACUAUUGCAGCGGAACCAGCAUCCAGUUACAGAAGCACAUAGAAAGAAGGUUAAGGAUCUUGCAAAGCGUCUUGAAGAGGGCAUGUUAAAAUCUGCUAUCUCUAAGGAGGACUACAUGAACUUGGACACUCUAGAGAGCCGCUUAUCUAAUUUCUUUAGGCUGUCAUCUAUGAAUAAUCACAACCAACAACAUCCACAGCUUGUUAGCUCUUCUCCGAUUGGUACAAUGAUACCAACCCCUGGUAUGUCAAAUGUUACAAAUUCAACCAUGAACAUAGCAUCUUCUGUGGAUGCCUCAAUGAUUGCUGCCAGUGGAGUUAACAGCAUAGCAUCCUCAUCUGUCAAUAAUGUAAGCAUGUUACCAGCAGGUGGCAUGCUUGGCAGCUCCUUAAAUAGAUCUGAUGGUUUGUCUAAUGGCUACCCACAGUCUUCUACAAAUUUUUCCAUUGCUUCAGGAGGAAAUAUGUCAUUGGUAGGGGUGCAAAGAGUUUCUAGCCAGAUGAUUCCUACUCCAGGAUUUAGUGUCAGCAAUAAUCAUUCAUAUACAAAUAUAGAUCCUUCAACUAAUAGCAGUUCUUUUUCCGGUGUUGAUUCUACUUUACUAUCGCAGUCACAAUCACAGCCACCACGGCAUCAGAAGCUGCAAGAUAGUGACCACAACAAUCAUGCAUUGCACAACCUUGGCAGUCAAAUGGAGGGUGGAAUGAGAUCUGAUUUGCUGCAAAAUUCAUUUGCAUAUCCAAAUGGUUCUAUAAAUAAUGGGCUAGGCUUGAUUGGAAACAACAUACAACUUGCAAAUGAACCGGUCACUGAUGACUAUGCUUCAGCGUACACCAAUUCCCCUAAACACUUACAGCAGCACCUGGAUCAAAAUCAGCAGCAAGUAAUGCAGGGUGAAGGAUAUGGAUUGAUUAAUGUUGACACUUAUAAUUCUGGAAGCUUUUAUGCAUCUGCGGCAUCAUCUGGCUCUGUGAUGAACACUCAGAAUGUGAAUGCAGUAAAACUUCCAUCAAUACCCGUUACCAGCUCACUGAUAAGUGGUCAUUCAAAUUUGCACAGUAUGCAUCAGACUUCUCAACAAAACUCUCAAGCAAUUAAUUCAUUGAAAAAUUUAAAAUUCCAGUCUUCAUUUACUUCAAGAGAUAGCCAUGGGCAUACUCAACAGCAAUACCAGCCAAGACCCCAACAAUGUAACCAGUCAGAGCGGUAUGCUGCACAGCAAUUUCAACUGAAGCUGCAAAGUCAACAAUCUCAGCAAUUGGUCAACAGUGAUGCCUUCUCUCAAACUCAGCUCUCUUCCAAUCUAGACAAUCGAGUAAAGUCUGAGUCUGGAGUUGAAAUGCAUAAAGUGCUCAAAUCUCAGCUUUCUGAACAGUUUCAUGUAUCUGAGAUGCAGAACCAGUUCCAGCAGAUUUCUUCUAAAGAUUGCUCUAAGGUUGCUCAAAAUCUGUCAUUCUCCUCUGAUCAGCAUGACUCAUUGUCAUCAUCACCACAAAUUUCACAACAAAUGUUGCACCCUCAUCAAUUGGUUUCAGAGUCUCAAAAUAAUUUUAGCUGUCUUUCAGUUGGAUCACAAUCCAAAUCCAUACUUAUAAAUCAAUGGCCGCAAUCGCAAGAUGAAAACCACGUUCCUCAGGGUAUGUCACGUGAGCAGCAUCUCCCCAUGGAUUUUCAUCAAAGAAUAACAGGGCUAGAUGAAGCUCAGUGCAAUAAUUUGUCAUCAGGUGUAUCUAUUAUUGGUCAACCUGUUGCUUCUAGAAACUCAACUGAGCUGCUAGACUCUAGUGGUGCUACAAAAAAGGCACACAGGAAUCAACAAAGGUGGCUUUUAUUUUUAAUUCAUGCUCGACGUUGUUCUGCCCCAGAAGGGCGAUGUCAAGAACGCCAUUGUUCUAGUGUGCAAAAGUUAUGUAAUCACAUAGAUGGAUGCAGUAUUCCUCAUUGUCCUUAUCCUCGUUGUCAUCAUACUAGGAAAUUGCUUCAUCAUUUCAUAAAAUGCAAGAAUCCACAUUGCCCUGUUUGUGUUUUGGUAAGAAAGUAUAGGCGUGCAUUUCAACUUCAGCCCCGAAUUCGGUCAGAUCCCGAAUCAUGUUUGCCAAUUGCAUCAAAUGGAUCAUGUGAAUCCUAUAAUGUGGUGGGACCAUCACCUAGAUUGAUCUCAAAGUCUUCUCUAGUGGUUGAAACUUCAGAAGAGCUACCCUCUCUAAAACGUAUGAAAACUGAGCAGUGCACCCAGUCCACUAAUCCUGAAUAUGACAAUUCUACUGCAUCUGUUCUUCCAAAUUUUGAAUCACAAGAUUCAAAGGAUACUCAGUGCCAAGCCUAUCCCUGUGGUGAUAUGUCUAUAUCAACUAAAUCUGAGCUUACUGAAGUUAAAGCAGAGGUUCUGGUGCAUCCAAUUCAUGAAAAUCUUAGCGAGACAAAAAUGGACGAGGAUAAUGCACAUGAUAAAAGGCCUGCUGGUAAGCCUGUCACAUAUAACGAGCCUGCUAAUAUUGCUAGGCCAGAAAAUGUUAAAACUGAGAAAGAAACUGGACAAGAUAAGCAAGAAAAUGUGACCCAGGCAUCUGAACAUGCAGCUGGAACCAAGUCUGGUAAGCCCAAAAUAAAGGGGGUCUCAUUGACUGAACUGUUCACUCCUAAGCAAGUCAGGGAACAUAUCACUGGCCUCAGGCAAUGGGUUGGCCAAAGCAAAUCAAAAGUAGAGAAGAAUCAAGCAAUGGAGCAUUCAAUGAGUGAGAACUCCUGUCAAUUGUGUGCUGUAGAGAAACUUACUUUUGAACCACCCCCUAUUUAUUGCACAACGUGUGGUGUACGGAUUAAACGAAAUAAUAUGUAUUAUACCAUGGGUACUGGUGAUACCCGGCAUUAUUUUUGUAUUCCAUGCUAUAAUGAGCCUCGUGGAGAUACCAUUGUUGUUGAUGGGACUCCCUUUCCUAAGUCAAGGUUAGAAAAGAAGAAAAACGAUGAGGAAACAGAGGAAUGGUGGGUUCAAUGUGAUAAAUGUGAAGCAUGGCAACAUCAAAUUUGCGCCUUAUUUAAUGGUCGAAGAAAUGAUGGUGGACUAGCUGAAUACACUUGCCCUAACUGCUAUAUUCAAGAAGUAGAAAGAGGUGAGCGCAAGCCCUUACCCCAAAGUGCUGUUCUUGGAGCCAAGGAUUUACCAAGAACAAUUCUCAGUGACCACAUAGAGCAACGGUUAUUUAGGAGACUAAAGCAAGAAAGACAAGAGAGGGCUCGACUUCAAGGGAAAAGUUAUGAUGAGGUGCCUGGAGCUGAAGCUCUUGUUGUAAGAGUUGUGUCAUCUGUUGACAAGAAAUUAGAAGUUAAACAGCGGUUUUUGGAGAUUUUUCAGGAAGAGAACUACCCAACAGAAUUCCCAUAUAAAUCAAAGGUAGUUCUGUUGUUUCAGAAGAUUGAAGGCGUGGAAGUAUGCCUCUUUGGCAUGUAUGUUCAAGAGUUUGGAUCUGAAUCUUUAUUUCCAAAUCAACGUCGGGUUUAUCUUUCAUAUCUGGACUCUGUUAAGUAUUUUAGGCCUGAGGUUAAAGCAGUGACCGGAGAGGCUCUGAGAACAUUUGUUUACCAUGAAAUUCUGAUUGGAUACCUUGAGUAUUGCAAGAAACGUGGUUUUACAAGCUGCUACAUAUGGGCAUGUCCUCCACUAAAGGGUGAAGAUUAUAUUUUAUAUUGUCAUCCAGAAAUUCAGAAAACACCAAAAUCUGAUAAGCUUAGGGAAUGGUACCUGUCCAUGUUAAGAAAAGCUUCCAAGGAGAAUAUUGUGGUUGAGCUCACGAACUUGUACGAUCAUUUCUUUGUAUCUUCUGGUGAAUGUAGGGCUAAGGUUACAGCUGCUAGGCUCCCAUAUUUUGAUGGUGACUACUGGCCUGGGGCUGCAGAGGAUUUGAUUUAUCAGCUACGCCAAGAAGAAGAUGGAAGAAAACAAAAUAAAAAAGGAACAACUAAGAAGACUAUAACAAAAAGGGCUCUAAAAGCAUCUGGUCAGUCAGAUCUUUCUGGAAACGCCUCAAAAGAUAUUCUCCUAAUGCACAAACUUGGCGAAACCAUUUCCCCAAUGAAGGAAGAUUUUAUCAUGGUUCAUUUGCAGCAUGCAUGCACUCAUUGUUGUAUUCUAAUGGUGUCUGGGAACCGUUGGGUUUGCAGCCAAUGCAAGAAUUUUCAGAUUUGUGAUAAGUGUUAUGAAGCAGAACUAAAGCAUGAAGAGAGAGAACGGCAUCCUAUUAACCAGAGGGAGAAACACACCCUUUAUCCUGUGGAAAUUACUGAAGUACCCACUGAUACAAAGGACAAAGAUGAGAUUCUUGAGAGUGAAUUCUUUGACACUAGGCAGGCUUUUCUGAGUCUCUGCCAGGGAAAUCAUUAUCAGUAUGAUACUCUAAGGCGGGCCAAGCAUUCCUCUAUGAUGGUUCUCUAUCAUCUUCAUAAUCCAACUGCUCCUGCAUUUGUUACUACAUGUUAUAUUUGCCGUCUUGACAUAGAAACAGGUCAAGGUUGGCGAUGUGAGGUUUGCCCUGAAUAUGAUGUGUGCAAUGCUUGUUAUCAAAAGGAAGGUGGCACUGAUCAUCCUCAUAAAUUGACAAAUCACCCGUCAAUGGCAGAUCGUGAUGCUCAAAACAAGGAAGCAAGGCAACUUCGAGUAUUGCAGUUACGAAAAAUGCUUGAUCUUCUUGUCCAUGCAUCCCAAUGUCGUUCUGCCCAUUGCCAAUAUCCCAAUUGUCGCAAGGUGAAGGGGCUUUUCCGUCAUGGGAUGCAUUGCAAAACACGUGCCUCUGGAGGUUGUGUUCUAUGCAAGAAAAUGUGGUAUUUGCUUCAACUCCAUGCUCGUGCUUGCAAGGAAUCUGAAUGCCAUGUACCCCGUUGCAGAGAUUUAAAAGAACACUUGAGGAGGCUGCAGCAACAGUCUGAUUCACGGCGAAGAGCUGCUGUAAUGGAGAUGAUGAGGCAGAGAGCUGAAGAAGUUGCCAACAAUUCUGGAUGAGCUUUUGGGACAUGUACAUAUGGGACAUUUUGUAGGCAAAUUAUUUUCCGUGCGUCAGACAUUACUGCAAACCAUAAUCUGACAAGCUGUGCGUGGAUGAUUUGUAUAAUUGGAAUAUAUAGCCUCUUGGAGAUUCGCUGGUCUAUAUGCAUGACCUGAUUUUCCCCAUGAGGAUCUUUGGGUUCAGCCAACUAGUGAUACCCUGACUAACCAGGUCCAGCUGUGAUUCUUUGAUAUUGUAAGCAUCUCCUUUUAUCUCUAAUGGUCAUUCCGUGCCAAAUGUACCAUAGUCCUAAUUCGUCAAAACUAUCCAACGUUUCUUUUUUCUUUUUGGACGGGGUGGAGGAGGUUGUCAAGUCGCAUUUUUGUCCUCUUCCCCAAUGAUUGGCAUUUUUUGUUUAAAGAUGAAAGAAUUAAUUAGUAGUUACAAAAAUUCGUAGUAUUUGCUGUUUCUUCUGAGAUUUAGAGUUUGGAAAUAGGUUGCACUUUUUUUGUUACAUUUGGAAAUGGGUUGCAUGUCACGUAAUUCUAUCAAUUAUAAUAAACAUUCAUAA